GUACGUGUUUAGUGUUGUUGGUUUUUGUCUGCAAUGGUUAUAACUUAAUUACAGAUAAUUAAAAUUAUCACGCCAAGCAUACUCAAAAGGAAAAGUGAAAAUAAAUUAAAUUUUCAAAUAUUUUGCAAUCAGUUUGUGUGUGCUUUUAAUACUUGUUGUUUUUGCUAUUUUACGUCAAAAAAAAAAUUACGAACACCAGAAGAAACACACAACAUACAAAUAAAUAAGUAAUAAAGUAUGUAAGAUAUUCUUUGAUGGAAAAAGGGAAGAAUGUAUUUAAAAAGCGCAAUUUAAAUAUGAGAACACAUUCAAACACAUAAGAGUGUUUGUAACAUUAAUCUGACAUAGAGGCGAGCGAGCUAAUAAUACAACUUCCUUGUGAUGCUUUUUAUUUUUGUAACCGGCGACAAAUUGAUUUUGCACAACACACAAUAACGUCGUCGUUUUUGUUUUUGUUAUUUUUUGUUUUUGUUUUUUUUUUUAAUAAAAUACACAGAACUGAUAGCUAAGUUUUGUGUUGAAAUCAAUGGAAAAUUGAAAGGCUUUAAUUGGUGUAUUGCGUUCGAUGACGUUCCGUUUUCAUUGCGCCAGACUUUAGCGAAUUAAAAGGAUCUUUGCAGUUGAGUUAGGCUUAUGGUUAACGCACAACUUUUACAUUUUGUUUUUUAACGCUAUAUGUAGAAAAGUGUACAUUGGACUGAAAAUAAUCAUAAAAAUAAUAAUAAUAAGUGUGUUAAAGGAAAUUAAAGCAACAAACAUAUACCACCGUUAGAAAAUCAAAAUUUUUUAAUAUAUUAAUACACAAAAUGUCAUCGCGCUCUAAGGACAAAGUGGUAUCCACUCUGCGUAAAAUCUUCAAAGGCGAUAAUGAGCGAAAUGGCGAAAUGUUCGAGGGUAAAACUGUUGAUAAAAGUGCAGCUGCCGCCUCAAAAACCGUUAACGAUUCCAAUGCUGAAUCGCCCGGUAAACGGAUGCGAAGACAAGAGCACAAAAUAAAACCUCAACAGAAUGGUAUAAAAACGGUACCCGAUUUGAAUAUAAGAGCCCGACGUCUUAUGAAAGAAUACAAGGAAAUACAAAAAAUUCAAAAUAGCAAAAAAGAUCCUGUUUUCACGGUGGAACUUAUUAACGAUAAUCUCUAUGAGUGGUAUGUUCGUUUACAUAUAGUUGAUCCGGAUUCAAAAUUAGCUAAAGAUAUGGUUGACAUGCAUAUACCGUUUAUACUCCUGCAUUUGGUAUUUCCUGAUAAUUUUCCUUUUGCUCCGCCAUUUAUGCGUGUAGUUGAGCCACAUAUUGAGAAGGGCUACGUUAUGGAUGGUGGGGCCAUUUGCAUGGAAUUGCUGACACCGCGUGGUUGGGCUAGUGCCUAUACAGUUGAAGCUUUACUUAUGCAAUUCUCGGCCAGUCUUGUUAAAGGACAGGGGCGCAUCAUGAAGAAAAACCGAAAUACCAAAGAAUUUACCAGACGGGGAGCUGAGGAGGCUUUUCGUUCUCUGGUAAAGACCCAUGAGAAAUAUGGUUGGGUAACACCUUCACUCUCGGAUGGUUAGAUGGUCGAUCUUUUCUAUAUAUAUAGCAAGUGCUGCUCUCUUUCUGCCACCAAUUUCAAUUUAUAGUCUCAAUGUGUAUUCUUUGUAUAUAGAAAUCUAGAUUUCCGUUUAUAUAAUAUUGUUGGCUGCGUUUAACCAGUGCUAACACACUAUUAAUAAUAAGAUUACAUGUAUUUGCAAUUUAUCUAAUAGAGUUAUAUGUGAUUUCAACAUUUAGUGAUAAAGUAGGUUUAGUGCCAUAUGGAUAAGGAAUGGCAGUGUUGUGAAUCUAUGUGCUCAGAUAUUUAUAUUCGAACACUUUCUCUAUCUCUCUAUAUGUUUCUUCUAAAAACAAAGAUCAAAAAUUAUUCCCUCUAUUUUAAAACGUACAAUCAAUCACAUCAUUCACAUUAAACUUAAAACAAGGAAAACCAAAUCAAAAUAUUUUAAUGUUAAACUGAUAUCCGUAUGAUAAGUGACUAUAUGUUGAUUAUGCUUUAUAUGUGCACAUAGCGCAUAAUACACUUUUCCAUAUCUACUUUUUGUUUUGUUUUAUUUGGUUAUAUAACAAUUAAAAUAGCAUUUAUUAUAUAAUGAGAUCUACUUACCCUACUGAUCGACCAAUAGAUAGAUGUAAUCACUUUAUAUCCUUUAUAUCUAUGUUUAUAUUAUUUGAAAAAAAUUCUCGCUUUAAUACCAGCAAAUACAUUAAUUAUCGAACAACAUAAAGAAGAAAAAAAAAGAAGAAAAAAAGAAGAAGAACAACAACAACAAUAAUAAUAAUAAUAAUAAUAAAAAACAUAUUGAUCCCUCCAUAUUAAUGCGCAUUGUGUUACAUAUAAGAACCCAUAACGUAUAUUAGUUAUAUUAAAGGUUAAGUAAUGCAAUUAUUGGGUAUGCAACCAAUUUAAUAUGUAAAUGUAAAACUGCAGUAUUCGCGUAAUUGUGUACAUAAAUAUGCACACAUACUUGUAUUCCUAGAAUUUAUAUUCAUUAACGUACGAAGAUACAAAUUCUGUAAACCAAUUAAUUUUGUGAUUUAUAAAAUACUUGAUGUAAUAUUAAUUACUUUAAUU